AUGUCUCCUCGACGCGAAACUUCAGAUACGUCACAGUCCAAAGACGCACGACAAGCUCGCCAAGACCAGGACAAGCGCAACAGAACGGAUGACCUACCUCAAAAAGAUGAAGAAGUAGAGGACGAAGAUCUCUGUCCAGUUUGCCAUCUGUUACUCUACAAUCCGGUAAAGACUCGAUGUAAUCAUGCGCUCUGCUCGACAUGUAUGGCACACUGGGCAGACGUAUCGAUGACUUCUCAAAUGACUAUUCUGGCACCUUCGUCUUCACCAUCGAUGUUUGAAGGAGCAGACACGGAGGCUAGAUGUCCAAUGUGUCGCACACCGACUUCUGCGAUACCAAACCUUGAGCGAGCGGAGCAGAUUCGGCAAAAGUAUCCGACUACCUAUUCAUCACGAGCGGCAGAAGAAACCACAGAGGACGACCCUAAUGCUGGUACUAUAGAGACACUGACUCUUUGUAUCGGAAACUCUCACGCAUUGAUCUCUCCAGCGCCAGAAUCACGAAAUAUGCAUCAGUGGAAAUUCUUCGUGCGGCCUUCUCGGACAGACAUCAUCUCACAUGUCAAUAUCCAAUUACAUCCCACCUUUCGCCCUUCCCUGCUGAAACUCGAAAAAGCACCUUACGAACUUGAACGGAAAGGCUGGGGCUACUUCACCAUCACCACGCAUGUUGUGCUGAAACGAGGCUGGAGUUGGGUAUCUGAAGAUGCUGAAGAAGUGAGGUUUGGGAGGGAUAAAGUCAAGGCUAGUUUACCGCUAGAUUGGACAUUGGACUUUUCGGGUCAUGAGGGGAAAGGCAGUAUGGGUAGGUGUAGGUUGAAAGUGAGAAGGGAGGGGAAAGCUGAGAAGAAAGAAAGAGAGGAGGAGGAUAGGGCUGAUGAUGGGAGGUGGGAGGUGGAAAUGGUGGACGAUGAUGACGACGGAGCUGAUGAGCAAUGA